GGAGCCCCGAGCAGCAGUGACCUGCAGGAGGAGGCUGCUGUGAGCAGGGAGCUGCGAGCAUGGGACCUGCAGAGCUGCUGAUCGCUGGCCUGGCCUGGAGCGUGCUGGGGACUGCAGCUGCCACCGAGCGGAGCUGUGCAAAGCCUGCGGAGAUUGAACACGGCCACGUGGAGCACCUGGUGGUCAGGUACCGCUGCGACCCAUACUACCAGCUGCGCGGCUCCGAUGAUGGGACAUACAAAUGUGAUGGGAAUCAGGUGUGGGUGAGUCCUGAAGCUGGUAAGGAGGUGCCUGUCUGCGAGCCAGUGUGUGGGAAGCCGAAGAACCCCCCCAGGCAGAUGCAGCGCAUCAUUGGGGGUCUGCUGGCUCAGAAGGGCAGCUUCCCUUGGCAGGCCCGGAUGGUGACCCGCCACAACCUCACUGUGGGGGCCACACUUAUCAGUGAUCAGUGGCUGCUAACCACUGGUAGGAACGUGUACCUGAACCACAGCGAGAACACCAAUCCAGAGGAGAUCGCCCCUACGCUGCAGCUGUUCCUGGGCAGCCGGGAGCAGCCUGCCUUGGGCAUCGAGCACAUCGUGCUGCACCCCGGCUACCCACACGCUGUGGACCUGGCCCUGCUGAAGCUCAAACAGAAGGUGCUUGUUGGAGAGGAAGUGAUGCCCAUCUGCCUGCCCCAGAAAGACUACGUGCAGCCAGGGCGGGUGGGCUAUGUCUCAGGCUGGGGCCGUGGUGCCACCUUCGCCUUCUCUGACAUGCUGAAGUACGUGAUGCUCCCAGUGGCUGAGGACAAGCAGUGCCAGGAGUACUAUGGGGCACGGAAUGCAUCCUACUGGGUGCAGCCCAUCCUCAGCAACGAUACCUUCUGUGUGGGCAUGAGUGAGCUGCGGGAGGACACCUGCUAUGGGGAUGCUGGUGGGGCCUUUGCUGUGCAGGACCCUGAUGAUGGCACCUGGUACGCAGCUGGCAUCCUCAGCUAUGACAAGACCUGCACGGCCGCCAAGUACGGUGUGUACGUUGACGUGCAGCGUGUCUUGGCCUGGGUGAAGGAGACAGUUACAGCCAGCUGAGGGGCCGUGGGGGAAUAAAACUGUCCUGCCUCGGGCUGCAGGCUGUGUCUCUGUGCA